CCUUCCCCACACCGCUGCGCUUGCGCGCUGGGGACAACCGUUGCGGGGUGUCCCAGGGUCUGAGGCAGAACGGUCCUCCGCUGACACCUUCCCUUUCGGUCCUGAGGUUCCCGGCCUGGUGGCCCCAGGACGUUCCGGUCGCAUGGCAGAGUGCUGCGGACGACGCCUAUGAAGUCUUUAGUCCUUCUAGUUGCGCUGUUGCUAUGGUCUUCGUCCGUGCCGGCUUAUCCGAGCAUAACUGUGUCACCUGAUGAAGAACAAAACUUGAAUCAUUAUAUACAAGUUUUAGAGAACCUAGUACUAAGUGUUCCCCCUAAGGAGCCAGGUCGUGAGAAAAAAUCUAACUCUCCAAAACAUGUUUAUUCUAUAGCAUCGAAGGGAUCAAAAUUUAAGGAGCUAAUUACACAUGGAGACACAUCAACUGAGAAUGAUGUUUUAACCAAUCCUAUCAGUGAAGAAACUACAACUUUCCCUACAGGAGACUUCACACCGGAAAUAGGAAUGAAAAAACACAUGGAAAGUACCCCAUUCUGGUCGAUCAAACCAAACAAUGUUUCCAUUGUUUUACAUGCAGAGGAACCUUAUAUUGAAAAGGAAGAGCCAGAGCCAGAGCCAGAGCCAACUGCAAGACAAACUGAGGCACCAAGAACGUUGCCAGUUGUUACUGAAUCAUCUACAAGUCCAUAUGUCACCUCAUACAAGUCACCUGUCACUACUUCAGAUAGGAGCACUGGCAUUGAGAUCUCUACAGAAUCAGAAGAUGUUCCUCAGCUCUCAGGUGAAACUGCAAUAGAAAAAUCCAAAGAACUAACGUUUGGAAAGCACCCAGAGAGUUGGAAUAAUGAUGACAUUUUGAAAAAAAUUUUAGAUAUUAAUUCACAAGUGCAACAGGCACUUCUUAGUGACACCAGCAACCCAGCAUAUAGAGAAGAUAUUGAAGCCUCCAAAGAGCACCUAAAACGAAGCCUUGCUCUAGCAGCAGCAGCAGAACAUAAAUUAGAAACAAUGUAUAAGUCCCAGUUAUUGUCACCAGGACAAACAAGUAAUAAAAUUGAUGAUAUUGAAACUGUUAUUAACAUGCUGUGUAAUUCUAGAUCUAAACUCUAUGAAUAUUUAGAUAUUAAAUAUGUUCCACCAGAGAUGAGAGAAGAAGCUGCUACAGUAUUCAAUACAUUAAAAAAUAUGUGUAGAUCAAGGAGAGUCACAGCCUUACUAAAAGUUUAUUAAACAAUAAUAUAAAAAUUUUAACCUACUUGAUAUUCCAUGACAAAGUUGAUAAGCAAACUGCAUUUUUUCACAGGAGAAAUAAGCAUAUUCGUAAUUUCAAAAGUUGUAUAAAAAUAUUUUCUAUUGUAGUUCAAUUGUGCCAACAUCUUUAUGUGACAUGUGUUAUGAACAAUUUUCAUAUGAGCUAAAAACCUAAUUUAAAAUAAAAUUUUGGUUCAGGA